AAAUAUAUGGUUUAAGCGGGGAGCACACACUUUUGCAUAAGCGCAUAACAAUAAGCAUAAGGAAAUUGAUUGGUUCAUUUUCUUAUACAUACAUUUGUGGACCAAUUAAUUUCUUUAUGUUUAUGGUUAUGCGCUUAUGCAAAAGUGUGUGUUCCCCGCUUUAAGCGCCACGACUACCUGUCUUCUGUACUCAACGCGUGAUUUGCUAACUAUUUUUGCUUGUAACUCAAAAAUUACGCUUCAAUUCAAAUUUUAGUAAAGGAAAAAUUGUCUUAGAAUUGUAUAGGAAUACGUCAUUUUACGGACGGAAGGUUAUUCCGGAACAGCUUGUAUAUAUGAUUACGCACGUCAACCUCUCUCUUCCACAAUUCGUGUACUUUACUCAAUGCGCAUGCGCGCGUUUUGUUGCGCUAGUGUAACUUAUAGCAGUUAACCAUAAUCAGUUAACCAGUUUCAAUAAGUGAUUUUAAGAAGAUUUUAUGAAGUUUUUAUUUAAGAAGUGAUAAAAAAAGCAACGAUAAUGCGAUCUUGUUACAUUUGUAAAAGAAAAACAACUUUGCACAAAUUUCCGAAGAGAACAGAAUUACGUAAAAAAUGGAUUAAAGCUUGCGGAUUUAAAGAAAAAGCUGAUGUAUCCAAUUUAUAUAUUUGUUCAUAUCACUUCAACUUACCUCAUAAUUUAGUUAUAAAAAAGAAAAUGAGGUUACCUCCUGGAGCUAUACCCAAUAAUAAUGCAGCAAUAAAUGUAACUACCUCACCAGAAAUAGUUAAUCAUCCAACAAUUAAAUUAUCAAAUGUGCCAAUAAUAAAAUGUACAAAUAUAUCUAAAUUACUUGAAGUGAAAAGUACAUCUUCAACUCUUAAAAUAAUAGAUAAUGAUAAUGCAGUUCAACCAAUAUCAGAAAUUUCCACUUCUCAUUUAUGUUCUGAAGAGGCUUCAUCUUUUUCUCAGAAAAAACGCUCAUUUGCAGACGUCUCAGAAAUUACUAUUUCUGAUGUUAGUACACUGAGAGAAAAUUUUUCUUCUUUGAAAAAACGCUUACUUGCAAAGUCUAGAUAUGUCUCCAAAAUUAUUGCUUCCGAUGUUAGUAUACCGAGAGAAGACUUUUCUUCUCUUCCGAAAGAACAUUCAUUUGCAAAUGUCUCAGAAAUUAUAACUUCUGAUAUUAGUACAUCGAGAGAGAAUUUUUCUUCUCCGAAAAAACGCCCAUUUGCAUAUCCUAGAUAUGUCUCAGAAAUUACUAUUUCUGAUGUUAGUACACCAAGAAGAGCAAAAAAAGUAAUCAAUUUUGUUAAAAAAGUGAAUGAAAAUAAAUGCAAACAAAUAAAAUCUUUACAAGACCAAAACAGAAAACUUUUAAUGCGAGUUACUACAUUGCAAGAUUUGAUAUUUCAUUUGAAAGAAUCAAAUUUAAUUUCUGAUGAUGCUAUAGAUAAUUUGAUGAUUAGUAAAUAAUGGAAUAAUAUUAAAUACUUUUUGUUAAAUUAUAUAUAUUUAUAUGAGCUAAAUAUCGGAGUGUUGAACUUUUUGUAAUAUAUUUUUCAUAUUAAAAUUAAAUUAAUUAUAAAAUUUUAUGUCUAUUAUACAAAAUUAAUUUAUAUUUUAAAGCAAAUCAUUGAAUUAUAUGUAUUAUAUAUAAAAUUAAAAAUAAAAAAGUCAUGUAAAUAUUUAUUAACAUAUAAAUUAUCUCAAGAUUGUCUUGAAAUAUUUUUUAGUACUAUAAGAAGUCGUGGAAAGUUCAAAAAUAAUCCAAUACUCUGCAAAUGAAAAGUGUAUACAAACGCUCACAUAGCAAAAGUAGAUCCGAGGUAUGUCUGUCGGAUAUAUCUGGAGGGAUUUUUAGAUAUUUCCGUGUAAAACCAGUUUAUCCGUGUAAAACCUAAGGAUUUACUUAGGAUAUAUUGAGGAUGCCUAUAUGUCCGCUUAUAAGAUAUCUAUACGACAUUCUAAAAUGGAAAUCUUUAGGAUGUCCAACUACAUAACGAAAUUCUAUCCCAAUAAUAUUCAUUGGAUGUGUGUAAAUAUCUUUUGUGCUAUCCUAAGUUGAUCGAUAUGAAAUAAUUAAAUACAGGGCUAAAUACAAGGGUAACUCAUUUUAAAUGCCGAUAUUUAAAAUAUUUUGAAAAAAUGCAUAAUAUUGUAAAAUAAUAUUUUAAACAAAGUUGUUUUAUUUUAAGAGAAUAAUAAACCAAUUUGCAUUACCGAGA